AUGGUGGAAGACAAGGUAGGACUGGACAUGGUGGACAUGGAGUGGGGCAUGGCCGAACAGGAGCAGGACAUGGAGAACAUCCACCACCAGGACACACAGAACACGGCCUCAGAUCAUUACACGAUGCUACACAUGGCUUUGUACUGUAGGGGUAACAAGCGCCGCAAGGCUGCCCUCUUUUGCCCAACUUGCCCGGCAAUUUUGCCAUGUGGUACGGGACCAUGCAGGUACUCAUGUCCUCCACCGUGUCCUUGCUGUCAGCCAUGCUGUCCACCACCAGUGCCAUGUACCCCGUGUCCGCCAUGCAAGUGCUGUCCAGUUUUCCGACAGUGUCCAGCGCCUGUAAUCCCCGACUGUGUGCCGCCUAUUGUGCCAAUAUUACCGCCCUGUAGACCUAGGAGGUGUCCACCACCUGAACCGUGCCCACCUCCUCCGCCUCCACCAGUCUGUUGUCCACCUGUUUUGCCUUGCGCUCCUCCACCGCCACCGUGUGACCCACCUCCGGUUUGCCCGUGUCCCGAACCAACACCAUGCUAUCAACCAGUGUUACCAUGCUGUAACCCACAAUGUCCUCCACCUAUUAUACCCAAACAGCGUCCCAUUUGUCCUCGAGCUCCGCCUUGUCCUUACCCAUGUCUUCCAGUGUGCCGAAGCUGUUGUCCGCAUUGUGAACUUGACCCGGUGACACGUCGCCGACCAUUAAUAGUUCAUGACAGUGUGUUCCACACUAGGAAGACUGGAUUGCCUGCCGAGUGCUUUACCAGGACUUCUCCAAAUAUACGAUAUAAAGUAGAAAACUAUGUAAGACAGGGUCCUUACUCAUGUUGUUGGCAUCCAGUGCCAGUUCCCCUGUGCUAAGAAAUGUUUGCUCGUGUUUAUAUUUAAUGUGCACUGUGCUAUGUAGCCUGUAUGAUGUUGAAUCGAAAUCAAAAUAUCAAAGUGAUGUUGGUGAUAGUUUCGAAAUAAAAAUUAUUAUUUUACGACUUUAGUUUCGCAUUAUUUUGUAAUUAUCAGAAU